AUGCUUUCUCAUCUUGUUGAAAAUCUUGGAUCAUUAAAAUAUUACGCAAAAUUAACUAUGAACACCGAUGGUCCUAAUAAUACAUUCAUUAUUAUCACUAUAGUUUUCGGAGGUAUUGCUUUACUAUUAGCGUGUGUUGGUAUUGGUACACCUAAUUGGCAAAGUGCUCAAGCCGUAAUCAAUGGGCAAUCAUAUGUUAUUAGUACAGCAAACUUUUUCUAUGCAUGCCGCUCGAAUUUAAAUGGUACGGCGAUGAAUUGUAUACAUCGUAGUGAUAAUCGUAACAUUAACCAAUAUUAUCCUAUUAAUGCACGAUGGAAUCAAACUGAAUGGAAUCAACAUUUAGAUAAUGCAGCUGGUCUCUGUAUUGUUGGUAUAUUUUUUAUUUUCGUAGGAACACUGACAACUUUGUUAAUGUGUGUGGAAAAUUUAGCAACGUGGAUCUAUCUAAUUUCACCCACAGGUCUUUUUAUUGCUUGCCUUUUUAUGCUUGCUGGAAUGGCUGAAGGCGCAUAUGUUCUUUAUUAUAAUGAUUAUGCAGCUAAUCUAUAUCAAACAGCACAUUUACUGACGAUACUUAGUUUUCUAGUAAGUUGUAUAGCAGCUGGGCGUAUUUUUUCGUUUCCCGAUCUAAAACAAUAUGAUAUACCUAUAAGAAAAAUGUAA